GGCUCGGAAUAGAAAAACAUCAAUGUCAAAACCUUGUUUUAUCCCUUCUACGCCUCAUGAGGCUGAAAGUGAAGCAGGGGCGGGUUCAUCACAGAGCAGCCAUGGAGUGGGCGGUCAGGUGGGCGAGGCAAAUGACGGUGACAAUAUUCCACACACGAGAAAUGGCGUCCUCAGUACUGGAUCGUCUGCUGUGGGAACUGAUAUGGCCACACAAACUUCCUCCUCUGGACUCGUUAGGGACGUAAUCGGAAUAUUUGUCGUUGCUUUCGAUACGAAGGAAGGAAAUCUGCUAGAAUGGUGUGUCCCCAAAGAGUUGCCUCUAGAAGGUGUAGAGUUCCGUGCUCUCAUCAGUGGUGCCCAUACAAUCACAUCCGACUUCAUAUAUUUUCGGCAAGGAGACUAUUUUGGUGCGGCUUGCUACGAGAAGCUGACAGUCCUCUCAGAGAUUGAGCGAGGGGCACGCAUGAAAAGUGUUGGCGUGAUUGUGGCUAACUAUGACACCCUCCACCACCACCUAGAAUACCUAGCACAGCAAGUAAGUAACAUGCUGCACAACCCUGGUGACUACUCAGCCCUUGAGGAAUACUACCAAAAAAGACAGGCCAUGAUCCCUUCCAGUUGGGACACUCCACAGAAAUAUACUUCACCUCCAGUACUAAUUAAUAAAACAGUCCUUCGAGCUGAUGGUCAUGGUGAGGGAUUUGAAAAACUACUCCAGCUAUAUGGCGAGCAGUUACUGGUACUGUGGAGAGCCACAUUGCUUUGCAAACGCAUUUUGCUCUUCUCGCCUCCUCCAAUUGGCAUGUUGUGCUCUAGAGUACACUGUAUAUCUCUUCUUGGAUCACAUACUACGCCCGGUCUGCCUUCUCAGCUAUUACGUCCACUUUAUUAUGUCAACAUAGCAGAUGUAGAGACACUGCAAGAACAGCAUGCCUACAUAGCAUGCACAACUGAAAAGAUAUUUGAAGAGAAGACAGGACUGUUGGACAUCUAUGUGGAUAAUCAGAAUAUUCGCAUUCCUGGCUCAAUCCGUCACUUGCUGACAAUAACUACACAAGAUCGGAAACGACUGGCCCAGUUACAGUGUAUUGCCCGAAGUUCAAGGAGUUCAGUACAAGAAUUCAUCAACUAUUUCUCACAGUCAAAUAACAAGAUAUUUUCUACCUUGCAUAUGAUUAGUCAAAGUGAUGACAAUAUAUUAAAAAGGCAUCACAUAGAAACUAUGGGCCUUCAUCCUCAACAUGAUAGAGGGUUUGUAUCAGAAUUAGCCUUAACUCAUGGUUUUGACAUAACGACAAGCAAGAAUUCAUGGAAGUGUUGUCCGUGUGACAAUUGAUUAAGAUGUUAAAUAGGAUACAACUUGAAUGUCUUUAGGUUUGGAGGAGCAUUAGAUUUUGCAUUUACUUGAGUUGUAGCAUUAUUAGGACUCAUCUCAGAUAAGUUUUAUAAGAAACUGGAAUAAGAUAACAUUAACAACUAGGGAUAAAAGUUGACACUGCUAGGACUGUGAUAGGAACUUAUAUUCUCUUUGUGUUGAAAAUCUAAACAAAGUGAAUAAGAUUACAAAACAUGUGAUGACAAAAAAGAAAACCAAAGUAAUGGAUACCUGUUUAUUUACUUGUUAUGUUUGGAGUUUGUUGAAUUGUUAUGAGCAACCCCUAACCUCCAAGGGAACAAACCAGUGACCUGCAUCUCCCUUCAGACAUUUUUCUUGAUAAUUUAUAGUCUCACCUUAGUGUCAAAGUUACUUGACCACUUGAGAAAUUUUUAUUAACCAUCAGAAUACUUGCCAGUCUUUCCUCUCAACAUAGCAAAUCACUAAAUGUUGAAUGAUAAGAAUACUACCAGAAUAACUCUUAUGCUAAAGCCUUUUUAGGGUGCAUGAGUGUCCUGCAUGGAAAGAUGAAAGGGCCCUGGCAGUCAGGCACAUAAGUUACAUAUAUUAUAUUUCCAUACAACUGAGAAGACAAAAAAAUUGUCUGGAUGCUAAUAUUAUCAAGGCAAGAAAUUUAACCCAUUUCAGACAGGUUCACAAGUACUGGCGUCAUAACAAACGCUUGGUCUGUGGAGUACAGCUGUUCGCAUGGUGAUGCACCAAGGCACAUGGAGCAGGACAUUCUAUUUGAUGUAGCGGACUCCCACAACCAGUGUCUGGCUGUUGCCAGAAAUCACCAGAGUUUAUCAUGCUCAGGGAUUUCUGUUACCAUGAGAGCGAUCAGAAAAAGAGAACUUAUAAUGUCAUCAGAGUGUUGGGGGUUAGUAUUGUUAUAUGACAUUAUACAUUUUAUGAUUGAAAUAUUGUUAUACUUCUUGGAAGUUUUGUUUGGGAUUCUUAUUAUUGAUAUUGUUGUCAUUAUUUUAGAUGUUAAGAUAUCAUUUUACAAUAUGAUUUUGUAACUGAUCUUAAAUUUUGACAAAUUGAUGCACAAUUUAACUGCUCAAUAUUCAUUGUGGGUAUACUGUAUGUUACAUCAAUACAACUAUAGUACAACAUAACCUCAUGAAAUAGUAGCAGAUGACCAACAUGAUGUAGAGACCAAAUUAGAUACUGAUAUAGUGUGCCUGUUGUAAUAUAUUUUGUACAGUUGGCCAUAUUUCUCUUCCAUUUUACUGGGUUUAUAUGACAACAGAAGGGUUAAACUCAACCACUAGCUUAGAUUACAUUUAACCAAGAAAAUAUGAAUAUUAAACUUUUAUUUCUAUUUUUUUUUUCAAAUUCAAAAUACUGUAUUCAGUGUUUAAUAUGUACAUAUGUGAGUAUAUGACUGCACAGAAAGAAGAAAGAUACCAGAACAGGUUAGUCAAAGAAAAAAUAUAUAUUUUAUGUGUGUAUAAAGAAGUGAAGUGGAGUGUGCAUGGAGAAUUUCUAAAAGGUGUGCUCUAUUUUUGCGGAUUAUGAACAGUCGGUUAGCUGCACUUUCUGUCAUUCCACUCCGGAUCAUUCUUGAUUUUUUUGUUUUUUUCUGUUUUGAUAACUUAUAAAUCAUUAUAAUGUGUUCCUAACCAUUAUUUAUUAAUUCAUUGUAGUUGUAAUAUCUAGAAAAGUCAUUCCAUGAAAUACAUAUGUGUGUGUGUGUGUGUAUGUAUAUAUAUAUAUAU